GCCCCCGCGUACCCAGCCGCGCCGCUGCCGCCGGCCCCCUCGAUCGGAGGCCUCGGAAGGAGAGCAGGCGCGCCAGGAGGGGGGAGAUCCGGGACGCCCCGGCGUAAUCCUGCCGUGCAAGGCUCUUCCUGCCGAGACGAAUCGUACGUGCCUGCCGCCGCGCCGGCGAACCAUGUCGUCGUCCGCGUUGAGGGCCGCGGGGCAGAGGGCGGGGGCCGCGGCCCGGAAGCAGGCGCUCACCCUGACGGAGGCCGCGGCGGCCAGGGUGCGCCACCUCCUCGACCUCAGGCAGCGGCCCUACCUGCGCCUUGGCGUCAAGGCGCGCGGCUGCAACGGCCUGUCCUACACGCUCAAUUACGCCGAAGAAAAAGGGAAGUUCGAUGAGCUUGUUGAAGAGAAGGGUGUGAAAGUGCUGAUUGACCCCAAGGCCCUGAUGCAUGUGAUCGGCACCAAGAUGGACUUCGUCGACGAUCCACUGAGGUCAGAGUUUGUGUUCAUAAACCCGAACUCGAAAGGGGAGUGUGGAUGCGGUGAAUCUUUCAUGACUACGGGCAGCAAAGGAUCUACGUCAUGAUGCGUCAUGCGAUGAUGUAAAUAGAGCGAAGCAUGUGCAGUGGUGGCUCUAGUUACUGAUAUAAUUUUGUCUUGGAAAGCAACGGCCAUUGUAAGCUUGUUGCGCUUGCAUCCAGGUAGUGAACACUGCAGUGGAUUUAAUCACGUGAUGGAUGAACCAGCUUGUUACCGGUACUCUUACAUUCAUCUUGGCCCCGUGUUGUUGAUACGUUCACUAAUUCUUGUUUGGGAACAUACCGAGUGCAUGAUAAUCAAAAUAAACACAGCAACAUUUCUUC